AUGAGCAAAUUAAAUCAAGAUUUACUUAAAAAAGCCAUCGCAGAUGUAUUUGAAGGAACAAGACAAAAAAAAAGAAAAUUUGUUGAAACUAUAGAAUUACAAAUAGGAUUAAAAGAUUAUGAUACUCAAAGAGAUAAACGUUUUUCAGGUACAGUAAAAUUAUCAAAUGAAGUAAGAAAAAAGUUAAAAGUAUGCAUAUUAGGAGAUGCUGUGCAUGUUGAGGAAGCACAGAAAUUACAAUUAGAUUAUAUGGACAUUGAGGCUAUGAAAAAAUUAAAUAAAGAUAAAACAUUAGUUAAAAAACUAGCCAAAAAAUAUGAUGCAUUUUUAGCUAGUCAAGUAAUAUUACCACAAAUUCCUAAGUUACUAGGUCCAGGUUUAAAUAAAGCAGGAAAGUUUCCUUCUUUAAUUACUCACAAUGAUAAAAUUAAUGACAAAAUUAAUGAAUUAAAAUCUUCUAUCAAAUUUCAAUUAAAAAAAGUUUUAUGUAUGGGUGUACCAGUAGGUCAUGCUAAUUUAAAAGAAGAUGAAUUAAGAUCUAAUAUUGUACAUGCUAUUAACUUUUUAGUAUCUCUUUUAAAAAAAAAUUGGCAAAACAUAAAAACGUUGCAUAUUAAAAGUACUAUGGGAAAACCACAACGAAUUUAUGGUUAA